AUGGCCACAGAAUCGUCUUACUCAACCGAUAUCGACAAGGAGAAGAGUGAAGUCCGCCAUGUUGAUAUCCCAGCACCUAUCGAAGAAGUUGAUGAGACAAACAACGUCGGAUAUACCAUCUACAAGGAAGGCCUCAAUCAUAGCGAGAUCACCUCUGCGCAGAAUAGGCGCAUUCGGUGGAAAAUAGACCUCAUCAUUCUCCCGAUAUUCUUGAUCACUCAGACCCUGCAGUUUUUGGAUAAAACCGCGCUUAAUUAUGCCAAUCUCUUUGGCUUCCAGACGGAUUUAAAUCUUCGCGGUAAUCAAUUCAAGUACGUUUUAUUUUCUGUUAGAUAUCCGGCGCAAGUUCUUAUCGGAAAAUAUCCUGCACAACGAGUCUUGUCAUGCGCAGUCUUUAUCUGGGGUCUGUGUGUUCUUACUAUGGUAUGGUGCACCAACUUCAGAACUGCCAUGAUAAAUCGGUUUUUCUUGGGCAUAUUUGAGGCGUUCGUGUCGCCUUGUUUGACUUUAAUGACCGGAUGGUGGUAUACGAGACAAGAGCUUCCUCUCCGUCAAUUCAUCUGUAUGUUUCUUUUUUGUUGGGGCGGUUUGAUCGGAAGCUAUUAUACAUUACUAGCGGGAAUCUCUGCGAUUAGUGACCGUCGUGCCGGUCCAGAGAAGUGGCAAUAUAUUUUCUACAUCCUAGGUUCCGUGACUAUGGCAUGGGCUAUCGCUGUUUUCUUUUUGCUUCCUGAUUCGCCGGCCUCUGCAAAUUUCUUCAGUCCCGAGUAUCGCGUCCUGGCCGUACAGCGUGUCGCCGGCAAUCAACUUGGUAUCAAGAACCGGAAGUUCAAGAAAGAACAGAUAUUGGUCUCUGCUACGGAUCCGAAGAUUAUUAUUCUUUUUAUUUCUGUAUUCGCAGCUGCGAUACCGAAUGGCGUGGUCAGCAAUUUUUCGUCGAUCAUUAUCAAGGAUAUGGGGUUUUCCACGACGAAGACAACUGUGCUCAAAAGUGUUGGUGACAUGGUACAAAUCGCAGCUCUCAUCGUUGGAGGUGUGAUUACCUUGAACGUUCGCAACUCGCGUCUCAUGGCUGCCACGGCUGCCAACAUUAUUUGCGUAGUAUCGGCUGCCUGCAUGGCAUACUUGCCCCGUGAACAUGUGUGGCAACGUUUAGUAUCAUUUUGGCUAGUCAACUGCCAGUCCGUUGGAUUCUCUGUCGGCCUGGUCAUGGUAUCGUCUAAUAUGGGUGGAUACACGCAUCGGGUAAGUAGUAGCGACACCGCAUAUUGUUUUGGAAACGUCGCGGGACCAUUUGUUGUCAAACAAUCUCAGGCACCAUUCUAUCCAUCUGCUACUGCUGGGCUAUUAGCCGGUUACUGCAUUAAACUUGUAUGCCAAAUUGUGCUGUUCAUUUACAUGCUCGGCUUCAACAAGCGUCGUGAUCGCGUCUACGGUCCUCCAGAUAUCGCGAAGUCGAAAGAAGCGGGAAUGCAAGACAAGACGGAAUGGGAGAACGCGGAUUUCCGAUACGUCCUCUAA